CAAAACAAACUUCUUCUAAGUUCCAACAAAAUCUCCACCACAAUCUAGGAGCUUCAUUCACAUACCACCCUGCAUUUUUUUCCAUAUAUAACAUUGCAUAAACUCACUUGGUUCUCUUAUAUUCUCAAGCUAAAAAUAAUCACUUUUUCAAAAAAAGUUAAAGGAUGUUAGAAGGGAAAGCAGUGAUGGGCGAGACAGAUAUGAAGCAAACAAUGAAGGAAGAUGCUCUUAGUUUGGCCGCCAAAGCCCUUGAUUGCUUUGAUGUCACCGAGCCCACUCAAAUCGCUCGUUUCAUCAAGAAGGAAUUUGAUAGAAAAUAUGGAUUGGGGUGGCAGUGUAUUGCGGGGACGCAUUUCGGAUCGUUCCUGACUCAUUGUAGUGGCUGCUUCAUCCAUUUCUCCGUUGGCAACCUUACCAUUUUACUCUUUAAGGGAUCAGCAGGUGAAGUAGAGUCCGGACCAACAGUGUAACCAAUUCAGAAAAUAUUGUGAAGAUAAUCAAGUAUUUAUUUGGAUCCAUGCAGUGUUUAAUUUAUUCUAGUUUUUCAGUCAUUUCAAUCGUUUUUUCCGGUGUGUAAGUAACAUUUUCGCUUCUUUCCGCAUAUUACAUGAUACCUUUCAGACUUUUAUUUUAA